UAUUCCUUUUCCAUAAUUCGUGUCACAAAAUUCUUACAACCUGUCAAAUUAGGAAAUCAACAAGAAUUAACCCCUCGAGAACCCUUUCCGCUUGAACUUCAUAGCUGCGAAGAAGAAAGCAACGAACCAUGUCGGACCCCUACGAGAGAGUGAAAGGAGGUCGUUUGAUGUUCAAAGGCGGCUCAGUAGCCACCCUCAGCAAAUCAAUCGACAAAAAGAAAAACAAGAAAAAAAAGAACAAAUCCUCCUCCUCUAACGACGUCGUUUCCGAUGAGCCUUUAACCGGUGACGCCGCCCUUGCUGCUACCGAACAACAACCACAACAACCCGAUGCUUCCGAGGAUGUUUAUACUAUUGACGCUGCUAAGCGCAGGAAAUACGAUGAUUUGUUCCCUGUUGAAGCCAAGAAAUUCGGGUAUGACCCGAAUGCUAAAGCUAAGUCCGUUGAAGAUGCCCUUGAUGACCGGGUUAAGAAGAAAGCUGACCGUUAUUGUAAAUGAAUCCCUAGCUUUUUAGGUACUGUUCUGUUUAAUCCUUGUAAUUUCACUAUUUCAGGUUCAAAUUACUAGAGUUUUUGCUCCGGCUUUAUUGCCUGUAUCAAUGGAAUUGUGUACUGGAGAGUAGUUAAUCUUUGAUUACGGAUA